CGCCCGGUGAGUCGGCCCCGGGCCCCGAGCCCAUGUCGGACGCCGCCGGCCGCGCGCGCACGCGGUGCCUGAGGAUGAUCGCCCACGUCGCGCUGCUGAGCCUCGCGCUCUGCAUCUCCCUGGCCUUCUGGGUCGUGUCUUUGACCGCCAGCACCUACUACGGCAAUUUACAGCCUAUUUCUCCUUGGCGUUGGCUGUUCUCUGUCGUCGUUCCUGUUUUGAUCGUCUCCAAUGGCUUUAAAAAGAAAAGUCUAGACCACAGUGGGGCCUUAGGAGGGCUUGUGGUUGGAUUUAUCCUAACCAUUGCAAAUUUCAGCUUUUUUACCUCUUUGCUGAUGUUUUUCCUUUCUUCUUCAAAACUCACUAAAUGGAAGGGAGAAAUAAAGAAGCGUCUGGAUUCAGAAUACAAAGAAGGUGGGCAGAGGAAUUGGGUUCAGGUGUUCUGCAAUGGGGCUGUGCCCACAGAGCUGGCCCUGCUGUACAUGAUAGAAAAUGGCCCCGGGGAGAUCCCGAUAGAUUUUUCCAAGCAGUACACCGCUUCCUGGAUGUGUCUGUCUCUCUUGGCUGCACUGGCCUGCUCUGCUGGAGACACCUGGGCUUCAGAAGUGGGCCCGGUUCUGAGCAAAAGCCCGCCGAGGCUAAUAACAACCUGGGAAAAAGUUCCAGUUGGGACCAAUGGAGGGGUUACAGUAGUGGGCCUUGUCUCCAGUCUACUUGGCGGUACCUUUGUGGGCAUCACCUACUUCCUCACACAGUUGGUCUUCGUUAAUGAUUUAGACAUUUCUGCUCCCCAGUGGCCAAUUAUUGCAUUUGGGGGUCUGGCUGGAUUACUAGGAUCAGUUGUGGACUCAUAUUUAGGAGCUACAAUGCAAUUUACUGGUUUAGACGAAAGCACUGGCAUGGUGGUCAACAGCCCAGCGAAUGAGGUGAAGUACAUAGCGGGGAAACCCAUUCUUGAUAACAAUGCAGUGAACCUGUUUUCUUCGGUCGUUAUUGCCCUCUUACUCCCAACUGCUGCUUGGGGUUUCUGGCCCAUGGAGUGAACUUUUUUUUUCCUUUACAAAGGUUGAAAACUGUGGUAAAGUCAGCUAAAUUUGCAAUUCCAAGUUUCAUCCUAAGAAGAAUAAUUGUAAUGGCAAAGAGGAAAUACCAGCUCUUCCCAUAUUCCAUUGUGAUGAAAUUCCACAUUUUUCCUCUCAUUAACUCCUCUGUAACAGCUGACCUCUUUGUAGUGAAAGAUAUGUGUGCAUAGACCUUAUUCAUAUUUUUCUUCUGAAUAGGGCUUCUUAAGCAAUGAAACUAUAAUGUCCCUAUAUAUUGCUGAGCUGAAAGUUCCUACGUGGUAAAUAUAAAUUUUGUUUUGUUUAAACCAGUGUAGGGACUAAAAGUAUAAUGCCACUAGUACCAGUUGCCCAAAUUUUAGUUUUGGGUAAUUUAAACUGAUGUGUGUGGAAGCCUGAAUAAAUGUAGUCCUGGACUUCUUCCAUUACUUGCUAUUUCCAGUUGUGAAAAGUGUGGAGUUUAAGUUCUUAGUAUGCUACUCCACAUUUGUUUUUCCUUCCUCAGGGUUAGAAUGAAAAUAAAGUAUAUGUCUUUUUCAUAUGACCAUUAGAAUGCACGAAAAAAUUAUUUUUAAGUAAAAGUGAAAGAGAUUUAUCUUCUAUCUAAAAAAGUGCACCUUACAUUUCAGUUGAUUUCUGAGCAGAAAUUAUUCUGAAUUCAAUAUUUGUUAAUGUAUUUUCUAGCCUUCUUUGAAAUUUGUAUAGGAAUCUGUUUUAAUUUGGCAUCCUGAAUAGUUAGAGUCACUGGAAAACUAUUGUAAUUAGUUUUUUCGUUUGCUACCUAGAAUUCAUUGGAAGAUGCUAUGACUUCUAUUCUGAGCUUAAGUUAUGCUCCUGUACAAUACAGACUCAACUAAAAUGAAUUCUACUUUUCUGUUUUGUCCUUCACUAUAAUUUACUACUGUAUGCUAAAGGAGUUUGAUAUGGUAUGGAUUAUUUUGCUGAAAGUAUUUAAAAAUAUUUCUUAUGUGGUUUCCAUACAUCUCCCUCUGAAAGAAAAAGCAAGCAAGCAAGCGAGCAGUUGACACCCUAAACCCAGGCAACAGAGGAGAUCUUAAUCAUUGGUUUUCACCUUUGGGCGUACAUUGGAAUCACUGAGCAUCUUUUCAAAGAAAUACUUGUGUCUGGGCUACACUUCCAAGGAUUCCAGUUUACCUGUUCUGGGGUAGAUAGAGCCUGGGUAGUAGGACUUUUUAAGGGCUUGAGCUUACAACCCUAAGAUCAAGAGUUGCAUGCUCUCGGACUGAGCUAGCCAAGUACAGGGUGUUUUUAAAAACACUUGCCAAGGCCUCCUCUAGACCAAGUAAAUCAGACUAUCUGAAGGUAAGGCCCAGCAUAGGUUAUUUUUAGAAAGCUCUCUAGGAGAUUCUAAUUUUAGACAGGUUGAGAACUACUAAAUCAGAAUGUCCUAAAGCACUCUAUGUAAAAGAAGCUUCAAAAGAGUGGGGUUUUUCCUUUUUAUGCAGACAACUGUUAGCAGCAGCACUGUAUGCUGUCUUGAUGCAUUAAUAGCUUCUGGUAAUUAUGCCGUGUCCUAUACAUCACUUAACAGAUCAUUGCUGUGUCAGUUUGUGAUGCGGCCUGCUUAUUCCUGUAGCUGUCCCAACAUGCUUUUUCUCUUUUCCUGGUGAGUCAGCCUCAUGACAAACCAUGGAAUAAAAAUAUUUAUUGCAACUAA